CCCGUCGGGGGAGCCAACUCGAAACUGUGGCCCAGUCUAGCCGGAAGGAAAACACCGUCUGGCAGUCCGAGGCAGGAUUCAGCUGUAACUCCUCCUCGCGGGGCCGCAAAUCAAGGGAGCUCCGAUAAAGCGAGCAAAGCCGAAAGUAGCCGCGGCAGGUACAGAUCGACGAAUCACACACCCGAGGCCAUAAAAGGCGUCAACCUGAAUGAGAUUGUCGGGCCAGCAACUGGUUUCACUGUCGACCGGUCGUCUGCCAGUCGGAUCCUUCAUCGCCACAAAGGGCGAGCCCAAUUCUCCAGGGAUUGUGCUGCGCCAAUCAGAGGCGGCCGAGCAAAAGCAGUUAGUCAGUAG